AGCGACGCAAGGAGCAUGGCGGGAUGGUUCUUUAUCAAGAGCGAAAUGAAUGGGUUGUGCUUGGACAAUGUUUAUGGACAGAAGGAGGAGAAAAACAGGGUGUGGAUGUAUCCGCACAAUGGAACAGAUGCACAACAGUGGCGAUUUGACGACGAUGGAAGACUGGAGAACAAGGGCAGUUCGUUGGUCCUGGAUGUUGAGAACGGGAACAAGGAGAGCGGGACCAAGUUGUGGAUGUACAACAAGAACGACACCAAGGCGCAGAAAUGGAAGUACAACGCAGAGAGCAUGGUACUUCAGUGUGAACUGAACGGACUUGUCCUGGACAUCAAAGAUGCCAACCCCAACCCAGAGGCCACUCUGCAGAUGUGGCCUGCCAACGGACACGCGGCACAGAAGUGGAAACUGUUGCCUGUGGAUCCAGCCCAAAAUGCUGCAGCAGAGAAGGCGGAGGAGACGCAGGCGCAAACGUCGGAAGCAUCGAAGCCCAAGAAAGGUCUCUUCGGCGGGUUUGGAGCAGACGUGUUGGGUUGGUAGAAGAAGCUCGUGGUUAUCACUGUUACAUUAAAGGAUUUAUCU